AUGAUGCCUAUCAAAGCCAGAUUUCAAGAAGCAAAAUGGCAUGUUCGAGGGUUCAGUAAGCAGCUGGCCGAGGAGGACUCGACCGAGCCGCUAGAGCGAGCCAUCAUUCGCAGAGAGACGUUGGAUGAGGAAGAAGAGAACAGGAAGACUUCGCUUGUAAGACAAUGGCAAGGCCUUUUCCACACUGAUUCAGCUGAGGAUCUCGAGCAUCUACAUCACGAGGAGCGGAGGCUAGAGACAGCAGCUCGUGAGCUUGCCAAAGCAUGGUCCGACUUUCAAAGCGUUCUACCGCCAGAGCAUCGCUCGCGUGUUGACACUCCUCCUGAUAUCACCGUGGUUUGGAAAGCCGUUCUCGUGGCGGAGGAGAGCUUCCAAGAGCAAAAGGAGACCCGGAUGGGCAAAGCGAAGCAGGCAGUCUUCAAAGCGUGCGAGAGUCUCGAGGACCACAAAGAGUUGUUUCACAUCUUCCCGACCGGAGACAAAUACGUCUCGCUUGUGACGGGGAGUAUCUCGGCGAUCGUCAAGGCCGCUGUGAACCACCAAGCCGUCGCCACCGGCGUGUCCAAGAUUCUCGCAGACAUUUGGGAUGACAUCAAACAUCUCCGAGGGCUUAUUUCUGGCCCUUUCAACAAUGACCCCGUUCGACCUUAUGUCGCCGUCUUCUACACUGAGGUUUUCAAAGUCCUUGUGGACAUUCUCGUUCACUGGCACCAAUCUCGGCUGCGCCGCGCUCUUCACAGCUUCAACUUCGGCUACGUCGAGAAGCUGGUGGGCAAAGCAAGAUCGACCAUGAAGGAGCUAAUGACAAAGGUUGAACGGCAGAUGCAGCUGGAAAGAUGGAACAAGAUAGCCAGUAAAGAUGACUUGCUUCCGAUCGGGGAAAAGCUCCAACUCCUUCUGCGGGAGCAGGCUCGCAUGAACCAAAGCCUACAGAUGUUUACUGUUGAGUCAAACCCCCAAGGUUCGUUAUCACUUGAUGUCGACGAGACCAAGCUUUUGCCUGUGCAGUCAGAUUGUUCGUCUCUGUCACCUCCCGGCCGGACAAUGUCAGAUUUCAAAGACUCGGCUGAACACCUCAGAUCGUAUCUUCAAGACGUUUAUUAUGCGAGUUUGAAGGAUCAAACCCAUGACCUGUUGGUCAACUUCGAGGUCUUGAACACAGUGCGAAAAUGGGUCACUACACCGAAGUCUUCCUGCCUCUGGGUUGACGGGCCUUUUAACGCCGCCGUCCCUUCCCAGAACACCCUCAUGAGCAGCUCUAUUCUCGAUACGAUCCGGUCCAUGGAUCUCCCAGUCAUUUCAUACUCCACUCUGAAUAGCUGGGAGUACGAAACGGACCCACCGGGAGAUUCCGAGUUUGUGAGAAUGGUAUCCUCGCUGCUAUAUCAGCUUCUCCAACAUAUCCCCGACUCGUUACAAGCUCCUGCCACACUCGACUAUUUAGAUAUUUCCUCGCUAGAUGGAUAG